AUGCCUCGCUCGGAUUGCUGGACGGACGAGGAAAUCGCCAGAGUGAGAAGGCUUCGUGCUGAGAACCCGCGUAUGACCUGGAAUAAUAUUCAGCAGGUAUGUAUCGACCAAUUUUGUUCCCCUGUUGUGGUCUUCGUCCUCUCUGCUGGGUCCCCAACGACUCGAGAGGAUUCGAAUCGGGGUCUUCGGGGCUCUCUUGCGACUAAGAGUGGUGCUGCUGCUGGUCAGACUGCGGCGGAUAAGUCUUCUGCGCCUGCUGCUGCUACUACUGCAGGUACUGCUGGAGCCAGAGACGCCGGUGCCGGUGCCGGUAGUGCCACUUCUGGUGCUGGCGCUGGUGGGGCUACCGCUGGAGCUGAUGAUGCCACCGUUGGUGCUGCUGAUGCCGCAGCUAGCAGUGGAGCUGCUGCUACUGAGCCAGAAGCUGACUCCCAGCAUGGCCUUGCUAAUGAGGAAAAAGAGUCCGGCUCGUCUCGCCAGAGCGUCACUGACGCCGGCUCUACCCCUGGUCAGGAAGGAAAGAGACGUGCUUCUUCCUCCCCUGAUGGCCACACUGCCAAGAGGGUCAAGUCUGCGAAGGAUGAUAGUCCUGAACGUGCUGCCACUGGCGAAGCUGUGGAGGGUUCCGGUCUCGUGGGAAGCCCUGGCACCGAGAGUCAGGAGCCUGCUUCUUCUGUUGAACAAGGCCCAAGAUCUAGGGGUACCUCAGAGCCAAUCCCGUCCGUUGAGGAUGACCUCGCCACCCAGACAGCACGUGUCGCUGAGGAUGCUUCUUCCGUUGAAGUGAUUGACUUGGCUGAGUCCGAUGUCGACAGGGACACUGCCUCUGAAUCCAGUGACUCGAGUGUUUGGUGGGGCCAGACUGAUGACGAGUCCUCAGAAAGUGACAGCGAGCUUUCCCCUCCUUCCUCCACUUCCACCACUCUCACCACUCCCACCAUCUCCGCAAUGCACAACAGCCACACCUUCUCCUUUGAAGCCGCUACCAUCAGCUUCGCCAUCGGAGGAAGCAUAAUCAACACCCAAGCCAUGACCAACACCAUGCCCAACCCUGACAUGAGGCGCAAGAUCAUAAGGGAGCUGGCAGCUUAUCCCCGGGCCGGUGUCACCAAUGGCGGCAGCCAGGCCACCCAGGCCCCUUCUUCGUCCCACGCCCAGAAGCCAAAGAACAAGAAGAAGAAGACAUCUCAAUCGCAGGCCGCUGCUGAUCCCGAGAUCGCGCUCCCCGCCAUGUGGGCCAUGAUUGAUGCGCAGAUCGAACAGUCGAGGAUGCUCGCUGCGGAAAUCAGAAAGAUGCGCAAGCUCACUACCGCCAUCUUGGACCAGGCAUCCCAGGAAACUCAGGUGAAGAAGGAACAUUGA